AUGGCGGACAUCGACUAUGAUCAGCUUGCUGCGGUGUGUUUCACACAGGCUUUCAGAGACAGCGUGUAUCUCUACCUCACCCUCUAUGGGAGAACCAAGGAGCUGAGUCCUGACCUGAAGGAGCACUUCAUCAAUUUUGCCAAGUCCUUUGGCCUCACUGAUGACAACAUCGUCUUCCAUGUCCCUAUUGGUCUUCUGUAUCUGGGCUUCAUCCUGCUGGAGGCCCUGCAGACCCUAGCUCAGGACUUCUCACCAACACUGCUGCCAAGCCCACCUCUGAGCAAGAUUCCUGUGCAGCCAGACUUCCGUGAUGACAAGUUCCAGGGGAAAUGGUACACCAUAGCUACAGCAGACAACAGAAUUCUGAACAGAAGUGAAAAGGAGAUAAAUAUGUCCAGCAUCAUCUAUGAGCUGGAAUAUGACCACAGCUACAUUGCCAACUCCACCCUGCUCAGGGGCCAGGUCUGUGAACACUUUAUUAGAACUUUUGUCCCCAGUGUCCAGUGUGGCCAGUUCACCAUGGGCAAUAUGAAACGUCAUCAUGGAGUACAGAGCUACACCAUGAGAGUGGCAGCCACCAACUACAAUGAGUUUGCUGUUGUGUGCAUCAAGCAGAUUAUCAGAAACAGAGUGUACUUCCGGAUGGACCUCUAUGGGAGAACCAAGGAGCUGAGCUCUGAAGUGCAGGAAUGCUUCUUCAAAUUUUCCAAGUCGCUGGGCCUUAGUGAAGACCACAUCAUCUUCUUUGAGCCCAUCGAGGAGUGCAUCGAUGGCUGA